GUUACACUGCUGUACUGUAUGUUGAAGAUGAGUCAGUAAAACAUGAGCCUCAGAUCAGUAUUGCCUCCUGUAAAUGCCUUGCAAAUAGGCCUGCCUCUUUCCCCUCAUCCACCAAUCUAGAUUCAGAUAGUCUCUCGAGCCCUGCCCGUCUGAGCGUCAGCCUGUCGGAUUGUGAAGAUCAGCUUGACAGACUGCAGCAGGUGGAGCUGGCACGGUCAGUGCCCAUGUCCCGGUGGCGAGCGGGCACGGUGCAGGCCUGGCUUGAGGUCAUCAUGGCCAUGCCCAUGUACAUGCGCGCAUGCACCAACAACGUCAAGAGCGGCAAGGUGAUGUUAGCCUUAACUGAUGCAGAUCUGGAGGCUGGAUUGGGGAUAAGCAACUCCAUGCACCGAAGGAAAUUGCGCCUAGCCAUUGAAGACUACAGACAGGCCGAGUCAGGGCACGGACUGUCGAAAGCUGCCGAGCUGGACCACCACUGGGUGGCGCAGGCGUGGCUGAAUGAUGUCGGGCUCCCUCAGUACUCCCAGUUCUUCCACACCCACCUGGUGGACGGACGCCUGCUUGGCUCGCUCACGCGUGCCGACCUGGAAAAGCACCUUCAUGUGACCAAAAAAGCCCACCAGUGCAGCCUACUGCUGGGCAUGCAGCUCCUGCACAUGCUCAACUUCAGCAAAGAGGUGCUGCAGGCAAGAAGAGCAGAGUGUGAGAGCCAGAACACAGACCCUCUGGUCUGGAGCUGCCAGCGCAUUAUUAAAUGGCUCCGAGACAUUGACCUGAAGGAGUUUGCUGACAGUCUGCAGAAUAGCGGGGUUCAUGGAGCUGUAAUGGUUCUGGAUCCUUCCUUUAACACAGACUCUAUGGCAACGGCUUUAGGUAUCCCAGGAAACAAGCACAUGGUGCGUCAACACCUGAGUGAGGAAAUGAAGGCCCUUCUGAGCACUGCACGACAGGGGGUUGAACAGGAAAUUGAGCCUUUGGGAACUCCGCCUACUCUGCCUCGUCCAAGUUCUCUGGGACGCGCCACAGUCAGUCGUUAUGGUGACCAACUCUCCCAUAAAAAACUCUCAGUCAAGCCUCCAGAAAGCUUCAGUCUGAGGAAGCACGAGGAGCAGGACACCACAUCUCUGAUUCGAGCUGGGUGUGAGGAGGCCCCACCCCAGCCAGAAACCAGCCUUAACCAACAAGCGCUAACCAAGCAGCCAGGAGAAGGUGCAAAGCCCUGAAUAGCCUUGUUGGAGUUUAUAUGGAGUUAUAUUUGCCAGUGGAAGAAAUUUUCUAGACAAGAUUUUUUUUUUGCAGCAAUGUUAUUAAAUCUAUUUUUUCAUUGCAAUCACUGAGGUGAGAACUGGACUCUCAAAAGAUUACUCACAAAAUUUGUUGCACAAUAACGUCAUGCCCUAACUUUAAAUAACAGUGCAUGUGCACACAAUCACCUGAUGUAUUUUCUUUGUUAUAAACUAUCAUUUGGAUUGAGAUGUACUAUUUAUUUACACAGCUGUCUUCAAUUCCCAUGCUAAUAGUAAAGCUAUUGAAAUGUC